GUGGAGUUGUAUGGACUUCAGAUUUACGGCACAGUUCAUGGAGACCGUGCGCUUGAUAUUCGGGAUGGUGCCAACGUGACCAUCGUCAACUGCGACAUUUCUGGGCGUGGCAAUGGAAUCUACUUGACACAUCACGCUAAGCUGCAGAUGACCAAGUGCUUCGUCCGGGAUUGUGGAAGCAGCGCAGUG